AUGAACCAGAUGAUUAUAUGGUGGAAUCAUAAGAGGGAGCUGUUUGAGCUUGGAGUGGUGGACUGGAAAGACUGGAAGGAGUGGGAUUCGGACAAAUAUUUCACGAAGGCGAAUAAGGGCUCGAGUUUGGGCAAGGAGCAUAAGAGGGCGCUCAAGCAAUAUGAGAAGGAGCAGCAGGAAGAAGAGGAACAAGCGGAGGACGCAGAGGAUAUGGACGAGAGGAAGAUCGCGUAA